AUGAGCCAAAUCAUGCGGAAGGAUUCGUCAAUCGCCACAUCGGCUGGCGGUGGACAUCGGCAUCGCUCGAUCGACAUUGGACACGGUGCCACCGGAAGCGAAUCGUCGAUCAUGGAUCUACACCAUCGGACCGCCGGACAUCCGCCACGGUCGGCACCACCGACAGGUGCGGGCAGCAGUGGGAAACUCCCACUGAUGGAAAAACCACGCACCAUAAGCGAUAGCGAGUCGGAGAUAAACUACGAUCUGUUCAACACGAGCAUCCACUCGGCGGAUAGCGGAUCGGCGAUCAUGAACGCAUCACAGAUUUCGAAUACCUCCUGCGAUUCAACGCACAUCAAGAGUGCCAACCUAACUCGAUCGCAGAAUGCUUCUGGGUCCUGUCGCUUCCCGAAACUAGAAGAAUGCGCCCAUUUCCAUUACGAACGCGUACAGCUUGGUAACCUUUCCGUUCAGCUAGAGGGUGAUGAGCGUAGUGACUCCCAGCUUGGUCUUGCUUCCGAUCUCACCACCUCCCAAACGAACUCCAUCGGGCCCUCGGGUCUGACAGGGUCUGCUUGCCCCACGAAGAGUGGUAGUAAUCUUUGGUUUAUCAUUCGUGUUACCGCUGGCCGAUCUGAUCCAUUCAUGAUUAAGCGCUCGUACGAGAACAUGUGCUUCCUGGACGAGAUGUUGCACAGGUGCGUGUACGAUCGACGUGUCAGCGAGCUGGAAAACCUACGGGACGUGCUAAUGGCGCUUCCGGACGGUGGCGGUGAACAGCGAAUGGAGAGAAGUAUGAGCGACGAGCAGCACCUGGAAAAGCUGGUCGGGUCCUAUUUGGCCCGGCUGUCGAUGAUUGCUUCGGAUGCAAUGACUUGCGGGCCGGUGCUAACCUGGCUGCAGAUUGACAACAAAGGUCGCCGGUUGCCCGUUGCCGACGAACAGACAAUGCGUUGCAUCAACACUCCCGCAGUCGGGGCUGCGUACGGAGUGCGGCGGUACGUUGCACAGGCGUGCGAUGAAAUCUCCAUCGAGGUGGGCGAUAUGAUAUCCGUGAUCGAUAUGCCAAGUCCGGCCGAAUCUAUCUGGUGGCGGGGCAAGAAAAGUCACCUGCAGAAGAACCAGUACGAGGUUGGAUUUUUCCCGCAGAGCUGCGUCGCCACGAUCGGCGAUAAGGUGCCACGGCAUAUGCCCUUCCCGGCGCCCUUGGUCGGAUCGCUCGCUGUAUCACCCACGAAACCCGUUCUUCGAAAACACGGCAAAUUGAUUGCAUUCUUCCGCAGCUUCAUUCUGUCACGGCCAUCACGCCGCCGAUUGAAGCAGAGCGGGAUCUACAAGGAGCGUGUGUUCUCGUGUGACCUGGGCGAGCAUUUGCUCAACAGUGGACAGGACAUUCCAAUGGUGCUGAAGUGCUGUGCAGAGUUUAUCGAGGAGUAUGGUAUCGUCGACGGUAUCUAUCGGCUAUCGGGAAUUACGUCUAACAUUCAGAAGCUACGGCGUGCAUUCGACGAAGAGCGCAUUCCUGAUUUAACGCAUCCCGACAUUCGACAGGAUAUACAUGCAGUCAGCUCACUGCUGAAGAUGUAUUUCCGUGAGUUGCCAAAUCCGCUGUGUACGUACCAGCUGUACGAUCAUUUCGUGGAAGCAAUUCAGACCCGAAUUGACGCACCGACCGACCUGAAGCUGCGUCUCAUUCGACAAACGGUUCAGAAGCUUCCGCCACCACAUUAUCGUACCCUGAAGUACCUUGCGACGCAUCUGUUCAAGAUUUCACGCCACUCAUCCAGCACUGGCAUGACGGAGCGCAACAUUGCGAUCGUGUGGGCACCGAAUUUGCUGCGCAGUCCGGCAUUAGAGUCGGGCGGGGUCGCUGCACUACGGGGCGUUGGCGUACAGGCGGUUGUGACCGAAUAUCUGAUCAGCAACUGCGAGCAAAUCUUUGACGAUACUGCCGACGAUUUUGGAAGUCAUUACGUUGAAUCGCAACCGAACUCGCUCAGUGAUAGCAACAGCGUGCAGAAUUACGGUGGUGCUGGCAGUGAUCAGCAGGAGUUGUCGCUGUCUAUGGAACGCCCGAAGAGUUUGAGCGUCGGUGGUGCAAAGCUGCUCAGUCUGGAAGAAGCGCGAAUUCGAAAGAAUUGUAUGGAGCAGAAUGAAAAGACGAUUCCAAUCAACAUCACUAAUCCUUCUACACACAUCGGUUCUUACAUUGAGGUUGGAGGUGGACCUUCCAGUCUACCCGACAAGUAUCACACGGUUCUUCCAGUACCAAGAAGUUGGAAUAAACGGAAAUCGCAUUCGUCCUGGAAGUCGAUCUUCACCCGUCAACCACGGCAAUCCAAUAGCAACAGUGAUAUCAAAGGCGGUAUUCCAUCGGUGGCAACAUCCGACAAGAAUGCAGGUAUGGUCACCUCGGCAAUGCAACCUGAUAUUGGUGGGUCCAGCUUGGCUGAGGUAGAAGACAAAGACACAGAUCAUCGCCGCAGCGUAAGCAUUAAGGAAAGCUCCAGCGGACUGUUGGACAAGAUGGCUAAAAGUUUGCUGUUCUCAUCUGGCGUGGAUUUAUUCGAUGGAAAGAAUCUGGCUAUCGACAGCAAUUGCGUUCGAUCGAACUCGGUAGAUAGUUUGCGAACUGCAGGACAUAGCCGAUCUGUUUCGCAUGACUCCUAUUUUGAUCUGCUACAGUCCCCCAUACGUGGUGGAACAGUGACCAAUGGAACGGCGAGCGGAGGUGGAGUCGUCACAUGCCCAUCACGCGAACUUUCCGAGUUGGGCCUGAACUUCGAUCGAGAAGAGCCAGAAAUGAGAAUAUUCUCCGAAAGCGAAAGUCUUGUUAGCAGUCCAAAGGUCGCGAAAGAGUCGGUACGGCGUACUUUGAGAGCGCGGCCGGAAGAUUAUAUUGGGAGUGGACACAGUGUGAACCCUAGUCCCAAGAAGCAGCCGCGGCUCAACAUACCCAGCCCUUCACAGGAAACCAACAAGCAAUGGAACAUGGCGGCGCUGUCAUCGGGAAGCGGCAACCUCAGUCAGGACGAGGAAAGUCUCUGCAAACGCUACAAACUGGAGGAUCAACUUAGCGAUAUCCAGUUUAUCGAUUGCAGUACACCGGAGCAUACUUCACUCGGUCUCAAUAGUGGACCGCAGGGUGGAUCGACAGCAUCUAGCACAACUGUGGUAAACACCAUUUUUACCAGUGCUCAAGUACACAAACCACCGCACCAGGAGGACUCCUCCGAUGAGCAGCACGACGAUGAAACACUUGCUGUGGGACUGCGUAACUCCUACCCUGGUCCACAAUAUGCCUACGGAAAGUUUAAUUCAUCACCCGUGAAGGAGAUUCGCUUUAGCUACCCCGGAUCCGGUGGAGGUGUUGGCGGGAAGGAAAAAGUGACUAAAAAGGAAAAACCAUCACAACCACCAGUCGCAACUAAAUCAGUCGUUGAAAAAGUUCAAUCGAUGAGCGUCGACGAGCAAAGCCAACCACAAUCGACAACGCUCGAUGUGAUUGGGUUGAAGAAAAAUGAAAGUUCCUUGUAUGAAAGUUUUCUGCUUUCUUCUGGUCAAUCGAAACCUCCGAAAUAUCCUGGCCGUUACAGCUACCACCAUCCCGGCACGGCGGAUGUCGGUCGCGGUAACGGAACCGGUGGUGGCGCCGGUGCUGAUGGCAGUAGCGACACACGGGAAGGCCAACAAUCUUCGUCCGUGCCGCGGAGUUGUUCCGAGAACGUGAUUCGUAGAACGGGUCCAGAACUGUUUCCGCCUUCCCAACAAUCUCAUCAUCAUCAUCAUCAUCACCAUCACCAUCAUCACCAUGGUCAGUCCAAGCAGCAGCUGACGACUGUACACCCGCCACCGCCACCAUCAGCACCGUCGUCAUGUACCGGGGCGAAAGCCAGCACUCCGCAAUCGCCUCCAGUUCCGAGUCCGUGCUAUUCGCUGCUGAUCGGUUCGACCAGUUCCGAUACCACGAGCAAUAGUAACAUCACCACGCCGGUGUAUGACGAGAUGGACAUUACAGGUGGCUUCACUGCCCAUCUGGACCAUCACCCAAAUGCCAAAGAAACGCCCGUCGAGGAUUCAACGAACGCUGCAACCGCUGGAGGAAAACCAACGGCAAUGAGGAAACACGACCUGAAGGCAAUGAAACGGGAGCUUUCGCUUGAUCUAAGCGGUACCUCCACGAAGCUGACGGGUUCGACAAACUUCACCUCGGAUAAUACGACAACCAACACUAGUCAAUCGCUGACGCCUAGCGAUUACGCUUACCAAAACCUUAACCCCGACCUGUCGCCGAAUGGUGGUCUAGGAGCAACCGGAGAUGGUUCCGUGGUCGAGAUGACCAGCUUUAGUCAGAAGGCCGCCAAAUCGCCUGGUACGCCAAUCAAAGCUACCAUCAACAUCACGUACAACGUGCGUUCGCCCGUCCGUAAAGAGCAGGAAGGAAACGUGUUCCGAUCCAGCUCUCCACCGAGACUGAUGGACGAGAGUUCGAACACGAACGCAGAUUUAAUUGCUGAAGAAGAAUACCAGCGUGAACGGCGUAGCAUCUACGAAAAUGUGCUCGUUCCGCCAGUUGAGGAGGAUGAAGACAAGGAAGGAAUUAUGGAUGACACAUCGCCGUCCAAGCGUUUGCUGGAAACCAACUUCGACGAAACGAUGGUAUACGAGCAGGUUAAGUUUUUGAAGAACGUUGUCUCCGAGGUGAACCAUCUCGUGAAGAGUGAAGUUGAACCUAGACCAAUGGAAGGGCAAAGCGAUAGCGAGGAUGCGGUAGCGGCACAGCGAAUAGUACCUGAGAUAAACCCCUCUGCUUCGGAGGACGUAGCGUCAAGUCCUCCGAAAGGAAGAUCCACCGUGGAAGAUGGAAUCAACAAUAAUCACAACGAUAGUGACAUCGUCCCGUCAAACGAAGGAAACAUUCGGAAACAGCAUUGCUGUGAACGGAAAUCGGUGAAAACAACGAAUGGUGCGAUCCCCAUGAACGAGGAGGAAAGUGAAGAUGUCCCCAUGUCGGACGUGAAUGAAGAUAGCUUAGAGUUUGACAACACAGACGUAUCGCUGUACGAGAAUGUGGAACUACGGAAAAAAUCCACCUAUCCACUGUAUGAAAAUGUAGAACGCUCCAACACGGUUCAAUCGUGUUCACCACCAACAGCCAACAAUCCGACAGACACGCUGAAAUCGGUAUUAACAGAGGAUGAGUUCUCGUCCCUGUGCGCGGACCGAAGCGAUCUGGACAACGAAAUGGAAUACCGGAUUGAAAUUCCACCGAAAAUAGAGAUGGCGGUAUCUCCGAAAAUGAAGGUGAUGGUAACGGAUAGCGCACAGGAUGCAGUAGAGACGGUCGUGAGCGUAAAGCAACUGGCAACGAAGUUCGAAACCAGUCCGGUAGAUGUCACUCCACCGUUUGAUUUCAGCGGCAUCAAUCGUGGUCACAAUCACCAUUUUAGAUCAUCCCUAAAUAAUGGCAAUUACGGUGCAAGCGAACGCGUAACAAUUCGCAACAAAUCAGCCACCAGCAAUGGUGGUUCCGGUGGAUCCGGUAAAGAGGAUCGCAAUGCGUUUGCAAGCUUCACUCGAAGUCUUGACGAGAAUGCGUUCGUGCGUGAGUUUGGAAGCGGUCGCGGACGCCUGGAAGGCGGUGGAGCAUUUGUCGUUGUAGGGAAUGCCGGUUUCAAUAAAAGCAGCCAACAGAUACCGGCAGUGGAAAAGAACAUUCUUAACGAGAACAAUCCAAAUCGGCGAAAGUCGCUGGAGCUAUCGUUGUCAGCACGCCCACGUAGCAUGAACCAACCAAAGAAACUGCCCCCAUUAGGUCCUAGCGGAGCUCCGACGGGUGUAGAAAAUGUGGAUAUGCACGGUGCUGAUGAGGGUAGUACGAAGGGUAAAGCAACGUCCGAGUGUUGCCGUGCGAAGGCAUUGCAGCUUGGCAGUGGUGGCCUCAAACAGACUGCCGGUGGCAGUCCAACCGAAUCGUCGAACAUGAAGCUAGAUCUCUCGAUGAAAAUCGAAGAUACCAAAGAAGCGCGCGCGUAUAAUGUGCGCAUUACACCGACCACCGAGAAUCGGAUAUCGCUGGUGCAGUAUAACUAUUGUGAUGGGCCCACUAAUAACAGUGGCACGGACAGUAUGAUGACAGACGGUGGGGCAGGUUCACCCACUGGCACUCCCUUGAUGCGGGUGGUGGGUGGUCGUAAGGGUGAAAACUUUGCAGACGAUGAUCGAAACAGCAUAACAAGCUUGAAGAUGCUUGGCAGUUGUAAACUAGAUCGUUCGCGGAUCGAAAAGAUUAAGGAGGAGAGGCGCCACCAGCUGAGCGAAAAAUAUCGUUCCGAAUCGUUUAAGGGUGAACGGGGAGACUACGGUGGUGGUGCGAAUGGAAAACUAAAGUCAAAAUCCAAAUCCGAACUGCGGGAAUUCAAGGAAGGUGACCUGGUGGCAGACCGGGCUGACAAGAAGUACGAUUCACUGCGCUUCCGUUCGAAAUCCCGUGCCGAAUUGCUUUCAUCCGAUGGUCCUUUUCCGUUGGUCGAUUCAAGCUGCAAUCCCGUCGCAGGAAAGAUUGCUUCGGUGUCGUUAAACACGGUCGCUACAACAAUGCAACCGGCAGGACUUCGUCCAACGGCAGCAAACCGCACCAGGCGCAUCAGCGAUGAGAAAAAUCAAAACGAUCUUCCACCGGUGGCAAAUGUUGGUGCAGGUCCGAUCGCUAGCGAUGCUUCCAUGUCACAGGUGUGCGAUAACAAGUUCGAACUGAAGACACGCCAAAAGUUUGACGUGAAGCGCAGCACCAUAGACUAUCCCGUUUCGUCCUCGUCGCCUAGCUCAGCGAGCGACGGCAAAGAUGUUCAACUGCCGCAACAGCGUGACCAGCGCCACAGCUUCAGCAAUGGCCGGAGCGCUAUUGUCGUGACACGAAGCAAUUCAUCUAGCAGCAGCAGUGCGCAACGAGAUCGUUGCUCACCACCAAUCUCCAUUAAAGACGUAGCUGCAAUGUUUGAAUCGCGAUCGCAACAGAAUCAAUCUUAACGAGCACCACACCAUGCAGAAAAAUGGACUAAAUACGGUGGAAUCAGUGCACUAUUGUUUAUACACAACCAAUAUGACGAAUGUCGUGAUGACAGACCUUACAUCUAUUUAUUGCAAUACUUUAAAGAGAAGUUUUCAUAAACCCACUUCUGCGGUCAACGGUAACUCAGGUGUUGGAUGAGUAUUCACCAUUUAUGUGCAGCUAUGAUAGUGAAUGUCAUUGAUGUGGUGAAACGACAACCCAGUUGAAAUAGGAGCAGCAAGAAUCAAACGUAUGCACGUAUCGGUAGAAAGAUUUCUUGCAGUUGUGUGCUAUCGGGACUCUUUUGUUUCCCGAUGCACUCGGAUUUUCUUAUAAUAAUGUGGCCAAAUCUAGCUAACCUAUUGAAAGACGAGUCUUUUUCACUCUUAUACUGUUUGCCUAAUUACACUAAUGACGUAUUCGGAAGCAACAGAAAUGCGAGAGAGUAGUUAAAUGGAAAUGAUGUAAGAAAAUAAAUUGGUACAUAUGCCAAUGGAGAAAGACAAAAUUAAAAUUGGAGAGAAUCGUAUGAAAGCAAUUAGCACACAUAGUCUCUAAAUAAAAGCUGAUAGACCAUCGAAUUGCACGUUAAUUGAGGUGAAAGUCAGCUAAAGGUAUACUGCAUACAUAAGUUGUAUAUAGAUUUUAUGUUACUAAUAGUAUGUUAUUGGUUAGCAACACACUCAUUUCGAUAAGUUCUUCCGUAUAUGAUUCAUUACGCUCUGAAGAAUGUAGUUGUAAAAUAAACACAUCACAAGUUGGUUUAUCAAUUUACAUACUUUAGCAGAUUUGCUUUACAACUCUUCUGUUCAUGUAACAGAUAAAGGAAAAGGUAUGGUUUCGUUUUAGUGUAAAAAGAGUGUGUUUGGUAAAUGUUUAAAGAAUUUGUUAGCUCAACGAGCUCUUCUUUUGGUGUUAAUUUUGAACAACGGUUUGAGAACAGUUUAAAGCUUUGCUUAAGUUUAUCGUUUAAGCACUUCCUGAUACGUAUGGUUUCAACUCGAUUGCAAUCACCGUCGGUUUGUCGUUUGUUUUGGAAAUUAUUUGAUAGAAAUAUUUACGCUAUGUUAUUGGCCACUACAUGCUGUGUUAUAAUUUGAUAAAGAUGAAAAACACUGCUUUGAGAAAAGAUAAUAAAUUUACCAAGAUUUCAUAAAAAAAACCAACACCACGAAACAGAAACGAAUAGCAGAAACAAGAUUGUUUAUGAGUACGAAAGACAAUAAAGGCAGCAGAUAUUAGGGAACCCCAUCCAGAGAAAAAGAGAUUAUAAAAUUCGACAACCACAAAACAUAACUCAUGGUAUAGAAAGGAAGGAUAUGGUUUAGACAAGCAUCUACAAUUCCUCAAACCCAGGCCAACGAUAAUAUAAGCUGUCUGUGGGCAGAACAUUUUUCCCAUCUUCCAAUCGUUUUGUACUUUGACUUUAAACGGAGAACCAGCAAUAGAGUACCCCCAUUGUUGUGUAGACGACAUAAAAUGCGCGACGAAUUGUGAACUAAUUGUGGUGGAUAAGCUGUGUAUUGAUAUUUUAAGAAUUUCGUAAACGACGAACAUUAGGAUGCUUACAUUAAUCGCUUUUUAUCAGACAUAAAACUACAAUUUGCAUUGCCAUUGCUAUUAAUCGCUUUCCCUUGCUAGAAAUUUAUCGUGGUUCGCCUUGAUUUCUGCUUGAAAUCGUUUUAAACAUCACUCUGUAAAUAUAUGGAAUAGUACCAGAACUGAAUUUCAAAUGAAUACAGGCUAUACACUGCAAAUGGAUAAUGGAACAAAACUUUACGCUAACAUUUGUGCAACAUUAUUGAUACAAUCUCUCUUUCUGUCCGUUCUGCCAUCCCGUACUGUUUGACUUACGUAAGCUACUAAACAUAGUGUUUCCCAUGAUAGAGCGUGCCCCGGAUGACAGACUGUUCGGAUUAGUAAUGUGUAAGCGAGAACUGACCAUGAGAUAUGAAACAACGCACUACUGAAUAAUGUUGUAGAUUUGAAUGCAAUGAACUGAUAUUAAAAAGAGACCAGCAAACAUGUUAAAACUAAAGCGAAAUGCAAGGAAAUGAUAGUUGAUGAUUAUAGAUUACCCGUAAAAGGAUACGAUAUAGCAACAUGGUCGUUUUUCGUGGUUUCAUGCCACCUUAAAAACAUAGCAUUGGCCAUCAAGCCAAGUGUACAAUCGUCGACAUUGCGUUGCUUCUUAAUACACUCUUUUUUUAAAAAAAAAAACAAGAUUAAUUGUUUCUCGCACAUGUUAGAGUAAAUGCUUCGAAAAACGAAUAUUUUAUUUGCUCGCUUUGCUUGAAUCGAGCACGGGUUGGAUUGGGGACAGGAAAUGCUUGAUGUGUUAAAAUUACGAUAUAGUGAAAUGUGAAAUAACCGAACGAGUGGUAACAAAUGGGUGCAGAUAGCCAGCCGUUGCAAAGUGGUCAGCAGUAAGAUGGCGUUCGUUUAGCAAUAGGAAGAGCUCGUUUUAAGCUCUCAGUGUGAAAUAGUAGUAAAAAUGAGGAAUGGACAAGAGAAUUAAAGUGCGUGGUUGUGCGAAAGAGUUACAGAGUGACAGCAAACUUAAAAUAAAACGGCUAGGCUAGCAGGGAACACGGAAAACCAAAUCAAACGGACAAGUAAUGCGCAUGAAUGCGUCGUGAAAAUGUUGGUACGUUUGCUUCUCUUCUUUUGUUCCAGCCCGGUAAAAAGGUGCGCACUUUCCAGCGCGCUGCAAACAAAACAUUUUUGCAAGAGUUAUAAAUAAAUGAACCG